CAGACUUUCCUACACUCACAGUUGGACUGACACAGCACUGUCAUGAAGGUAACCUGACGUGUUUUUGGUGCCAACGCCUAUUUUUGGAGGAUUUGGACUGGAGGUCUCUAUGUGACACACUGGGAGUCAUGACAGACUUUUGGCUGAUUUCGGUCCCUUUGGACAAGACCAGUUUAACCAGUGUGGAGAAAUUGAAGCGCAACCUUGCCAAAACCAACCUGGCCUCCUGCUGCAGGUUCUCCAUUCCAGAACUCAAGGUGGGAAUACUGGACAGUCUGCUCAGCGUAUCAGAUGACCUCUCCAAGCUUGACACACUAACUGAAAGUGUGAUUAAAAAAACACAUCAGUGUAUGAGGGAGGUGAUGGAGCAGUCUGAUGACAAAGUGCUGGAAAACGCCUUAGCCAAUGGAGUGGACCUGAUGAGCUACAUGACAAAGUUUCAGUGGGACAAAGCCAAGUACCCCACAGCUCUGCCUCUCUCCAGCCUUGCAGACAUCAUCACCAAGGAAGUUUCCCAGAUGGAGACGGAAUUAAAAUCCCGAGCUGCAGCGUACAGCAGCGUGAAAACGAGCCUUCAAAGCAUGGAGUACAAACGUGGGAGUUUGCAAACUUGCAGUCUGAAUGACAUAGUGAGGAAGGAAGACCUUGUGACCUCGGAGCAUCUCACUACUCUGCUGGUAGUGGUGACCAGAGGGAGCUACUUGCAGUGGGAGAGGACAUAUGAAUCUUUUUCACAGUUCGUGGUUCCACGGUCUAGCAGGAAGCUGUACGAGGAUGGAGAGGGAGGCGUUUUCUCCGUUACACUCUUCAAAAGAGCUGUGUGUGAAUUCAAAGCCAAAGCCCAGGAGAGCAAGUUCACCGUCCGCGAGUACAGCUUUGAUUUGGAGGCGAAGCAGCAGCAGGAGAGGCAGCAGCGUAGUGUUCACAAAAAGGAACAAUACGGAAGCUUUGUGCGUUGGCUGAAGGUGAAUUUCAGCCAGGUGUUUAUUGCCUGGAUUCACUUGAAAGCACUGCGAGUGUUUGCGGAGUCAGUCCUCAGGUAUGGACUACCGGUGAACUAUCAGGCUCUUCUGCUGCACACGGACAAGAAGCGUUCAAAGAAACUCAGAGAGGAUCUCGCGUCACUGUUCAAACAUCUGGACCCCACUGCCUCUAACAGCAAGACUGAUGUGAGCUUUGACAUCCCAGGACUCUGUCAGCCUGAGUACCUCUCCUACAUCUGCUUCUACAUCAGCACCAACCUGCUGGAGCUCAGCUAACAUUAAUCAAAAAAGAUGAGCCACACAAAGACCAAGCAAUGAGAGUCCUGUCGAUCAUCUGGUGGAGUGGGCCAAUCAGAGCCGGGGAGACAAAGACCCUCAACUAUAGAAUAAAACACAUCCAGUGAUCCACGAGAAGAUCUUUCUUUGGACGCAGAAAUAACAGUCCAGCUUCCCACAAGUGUAAAUACUCAUUGAACAGUAGAUGCAUUUUGAGUUUCUUUUCAAUACAAAAUCAGCUGCACAUGGACUACUUUUUGUGCACAUGGAACUGCGGAAUAAUUUAAUAAUACAAUGAUACACACUGUUAUUUGGAUGUUGAUGUACAGCUUAAAGCAUUUUAAUUGAGUUUAUCUUCCUAGUAACCUCAAAAAGCCAUCACGGUGGGGUAUAGUGUUUCUCUUUCAUGCAGGUUUCACAUUAUACAACAUUGCACAACGACUAUGUACAUAUCACUUUUAUUUUAACAUGUAUUUAAUCUGAAUGUUUUUAAUGUAAUGUUUUCAAUGGUGGAAGAAGAACUCAGUUAAUUAAGUACCACAAUAGUCACUCAAUGAAAAUAUAAUAACCCAAGGGUAGUUUUCAUUGUCAGUUGCCAUUGUCAUUGCAUUAAAAAACCAGUAAAGCCUUUUGCAGCUCCAGAGGGAGCUGUGAAGUCCGAUAAAUUGCCUCAUAAUGAUGUCACUUGAGUCAGCAUUGGCUUGGGCUUUAAUACAAUUACGGGUGGAGUUAGAAAGAAGUUAGCUCACUUCUGUAGCCCGUUGCUCGUCUCUGCUUGUAGCUACAUUAGCCGCUAGUAGCA